AUGACCAAACCUGUCUUCUAUGAAGAGGAGAUUGAUUUAGAAUUUUCAACAACGGAAGAUGAAGCUAAGUAUAAGAAAUUACUUGAUGUUUCUGAUGAGAAAUUGUAUGACGGGUGUACUAAAUUUUCCAAAAUGUCUUUUCUUUUACACCUUUUUCACAUAAAAUGUAUGAGCCAUUGGUCUGCUGAAUCUUUUAAUAUGCUACUCGAGCUUCUCAUAGACGCAUUUCCCCAAAUUCUGGAGUUCCCCUUGUCUUAUUAUCAAAGUAAGAGAAUAAUAAAAGACCUUGGCCUUGGGUAUGAGAAGAUUGAUGCUUGUCCAAAUAACUGUAUGUUAUAUUGGGGUGAUUUUUCAAAGGAAGACAAGUGUCAUGUUUGUGGUACAUCAAGAUGGAAGAAAAAUAAGGGUACAAAUGAUAAUGUCAGAGAUCAAGAUAAGAACAUUUCUAGGAGUGGUGAGCAUGCUAAGAAUAUGUUAAGGCACCCUUCAGAUGCAUUAGCUUGCAAAUCAAUUGAUCAACGUUAUGAGGAUUUUGCCUCAGAUCCUCGUAGUGUUCUAUUAGGACUUGCAAGUGAUGGGUUUAAUCCAUAUCGUUUGAUGAACACGACUUAUAGUACAUGGCCUCCACUAGUCCAUGAAUUGAAAUUGUUAUGGAGUGGGGUUGCUUUUGAUGCUUAUGAUGGAGAGAAAUUUAAAUUACGAUCCGCUUUGCUUUGGACUAUUAAUGACUUUCCUGGUUAUGCAAUGCUCUCCGGGAGUAAGACUUGUUAUUGUGGGUAUCGAAAGUGGCUUCCAUCAUGUCAUCCAUAUCGAUUUGAGAGCGACAGUUUUAACGGAAGAGAAGAGCAUGGUGAAGCUCCACCUCGGCCUAGUGGGACUGACAUAUUGGGGCUACAAGAAAAGAAAAAAAAUGUGUGUGACAAUACUUUAAAUACUCUCUUAAAUACCGAUAAAAGCAGAGAUAAGAAGGAUGAUCGAGAUGCCCUUCAAGGAUGGGGCAUAAAGCCACAUCUUUGGGGUCAAGAUAAUCAUAUGCCUUCAACUUCUUAUUCUAUGUCUGUAGAAGAGAAAGAGAGGUUCUUAAAAUUUUUACAAAAACUCAGAGUCCCUAAUGGCUAUGGAUCUAACCAUUCUAGAUGCGUGAACAUGAAGCAAAGAAUUAACCUUCAGAGCCAUGACAACCAUGUGUUUAUGCAAGAUAUCCUUCCCGUCGCAUUAAGAGCUUCUAAUGCAACAAAAGUAAUUGAUUUGCUUGCAAAAUUGUCUUACUUUUUCAAGCAAUUAUGCUCCACUGCUAUUGAUCCUGAUGAUCUAGAUGCUCUUCAAGAAGGAAUUGUAUUAACCCUUUGUGAGUUGGAAAUGGAGUUUUUGCCUUCGUUUUUCACAAUCAUGGUUCAUUUUCUAAUUCACUUAGUGGAGGAGGUUAAACUCGGUGGACCAGUACAAUACAGAUGGAUGUAUCCCAUUGAGAGGUACUUGGCCCAUCUAAAGUCACAUGUAGUUAAUAAAGCCCAACCUGAAGGGUCAAUUGAAAAAGGCUACCUUUUAGAGGAGACCAUUAGGUUUUGUUCAAGAUAUCUUGAAGGUGUUAAGACUGUCUAUAACAAACCUAAACGAAUUGAUGAUGAUAGUCCCAAUUCUGGAAAAUACUUGUGUAAUUCUGGCGGUCGAGUAAUUGGGAAAGAGGUCAAUUUUUGACUAGAUGACAAAAGCUUAAAACAAGCUCAUCGCUAUGUUUUACUGCAUUAUUCUGAUGAAAUUCAAGAUCUUCCCGAAGAAUUUUUAAAUCUAAAGCGACAAAUGAAUACACAUAACCCAAUCACUGAAAGUGAUGAAAGUGAUUGGAUCAUCAACGAGUUCGGAGAGUGGUUGCGAAGUCAGGUACACUCAAUAGAUGAAACCACCGAAGAUGGGAUAGAAAAAUUCUGGCAGGGGGAUUGAAUUGUUAUGGUAAAAAAAUGAAGGGCUUUAUGAUCAAUGGGUAUAAAUUUCAGAUCAUGGACCGUGAUAGCCGUUUGACUACCCAAAAUUCUGGAAUCAUGGUAGAAGCAGAUGGAGAAGCAUACUAUGGGAAAGUGAAGGAUAUAUAUGAAUUGGACUAUUAUGGGACUUACAAAGCUGUAUUGUUUCAUUGUGUUUGGGUAGAUAUACAUAGGGGUGUUAAAUCAGAUCAAAAUGGCUCUAUAUGUGUUAAUUUCUCAAAGUUGAUGCAUUCAGGAAGAAAUUUGCAAGAUGAUCCUUUUAUUUUCUCAUCUCAAGCAAAAUAGGUUUUCUACAUUGAAGAUGAGAUACGAAAAGGAUGGUAUCAUGUUGUAAAGACUAAGCCUAGAGACUUGUUUGAUUUAGGGGAUGAGUUACCCGAAGUAGAUAACGAAAAUGAAUGAUUAGUUUCCUAUUUUAUUAUUUAAUUUGGAUUUGUAAUUACUGAAUUUAAUUAUGAGUUUAUAUUUGCCAUUAAUCAAUAUUUCCUUUUGCUGAAUUUAUCCCUUUACUUUUUGUUAAUUCUAUUUGUGAAUUACAAUCGAUUUUCUCAUACCAUCUAACAGUUAUAGUGGUUUUUCUUAGAUAUUACUAACUAGAUGUCAUUUGGAAAUAUAGAAUGUUUUGUCUUUUUGCUUUUGAACAUAAGGCUUAUAUCAUAGGUUAUAUGGUUGCUUCGAUGUACUCCCGUAAUAAUUAUUUAAGUGAUUUUUGUUUUGUUUUGUUUUGUUUUGUACAAUAGACUGCAUAUAUGGAGUAUAUAAAACAAUUAACAUUUAAUUGCCAGUUAAUAUGGUUCUAGUCUGCUCUUAUAAUCCUUAUUUGAUCUCUCAUUUCAUAUAGUUGCUGGGGAGUCCAGUCCUUGCUGCCUUUUGCCUGUAGCCUUUUCAAGUUGCUGAAUAUUUUGAGUCAGAAGUACUCAUGAUUCUUAUUGUACAUAUUAUGUACCUUGCAGCAUUUUGUAAAAUGAUUCAACUGAUUGAUUGCAAAAUGAUAAUCGACUCAAGCUGUUUCACAUAACCUUUUUUCACCAUUAGACA